AUGUCCAAUGAUGUCAACAGGUUAAGGUCAAUACCUACGACCGGUACUUACUUAGUGAAUGGUCCAUUCUCAACAUUCGUCCACUACUUGGUGUUGGGACCCAUUCAGGCCGUUAUCAUAGCCUACAUAAUGUGGACACACCUGGGCUGGUCAGCAUUUGUCGGGGUAGCCCUACUCGUGCCAUUCAUACCGUUCCAGUUAAUCAUGGGAAGGCUAUUCUCCAGAUUUAGACAAAUGACAGCUAAGUUAACGGACGGUCGACUGCGGCUCAUGAAUGAGAUUAUAUCGGGGAUGCGAGUCAUCAAAAUGUAUGCCUGGGAGCAGCCGUUUGCUGACCUCGUGGCCGAUGCCAGAAAGUCAGAGGUGGGUCGCAUCCAGAGGUCAUGCCUACUGAAAGCCAUCAAUUUGUCGCUGUUUUUCGUGGCCUCGCGGGUCAUACUGUUCGCCGCAUUCAUCACAUAUGUGUUGACCGGUAACCUACUGACCGCCAAAGCCGUGUUCGUCACAAUGGCGCUGUUCAACACACUUCGCAUCACUUUAACACUACUGUUCCCCAACGCCAUCGCCCAAUGGGCUGAACUCAAAGUGUCGUGCUCUCGCAUCCAGACAUUUUUAGAGCUGGGGGAAAUGGAGCCUAAAACAUAUAACACUAAAGGUUUUGGUGAUUUAACUGCCUUUCCCAAGAAAAAUGCAAAACCAAAAGUUUUUGUCAAUAAUAUAUCCGCCAAAUGGAGUGAAGACACCCCGUAUGCAACCAUUCAAAACAUUUCAUUUAAUUUAAAACCCGGAGAUCUAUUAGCGGUGAUUGGACCGGUAGGGGCGGGAAAGAGUUCACUAAUUAUGUCUAUACUUAAUGAGCUACCGGUGCUCGAGGGAAGUGUACAGACUGUGGGCACCAUUAGCUAUGCCUCACAAGAGCCCUGG